UGAGUCAUCAUGGUCAUUCAGUUAUGUGUUCUGUGUUUUAGAUUUUUACACAAAGUAUAUGCUGAAAACUUGUGAAUAUGGGGAUCUUAGGGACAAUUGGCUGGGGAAUAUUAUUAAGUUCCAGCACUAUUGUUUAUGGUACCUACUCCAUCCUUGUCCAUCUGUGUGAAGUAAAAGGAAAAGUUCCGUUCAAGUCUUCCUCUGUUGUACUGAUCAUCGAAGUAGGAAAAUUCCUGGUGUCGUGGAUACUGCUGUUAUGGCAGACAAAGGGAAGCCUGCCAAAAGACGUCACAUUUUUCUGCUUCCUUCAGUAUUCCGUCCCAGGCUUAUUAUACAGCGUCAGUAACAACCUAUCCAUGAUGAUGCAGGUUUAUAUGGAUCCCACCACAUUUCAGGCACUUUCAGGAUUGUGCAAACUUUUCAGCUAAAGACCCUGCAUGAUUGCUUCUGUUUGAAUGAUUAGGUAAAUU